AUGUGGGGAGACGAGGAGCCUUUGGAUGUUGGGAGAGGGAAAGCCUUGGAAGUUUUAGACGACCAGGAGGCCUUGGAUGGAGGAGACAAGGAGGCAAUGGAUAUGGGAGAACGAGGAGGCUUUGAUAUGGGGGAGAGAGGAGGCCCUUGGAAUGUUGGGGUGACUAGGAGGCUUUGGAUGUGGGGAGACCAGGAGACCUUGGAUGUGGGAGAGGGGAGGGCCUUGUAUGUGGAGAGACGGGAGGCCUUUGCUGUGGGGAGACCGGGGAGGCCUUGGAUGUGUGGAGGACGGGGAGGCCAUGGCUUCUGGGGAGACGAGGAGACAUUGGCUGUGGUAGAGGGAGGCCUUGGAUGUGGGGCGACGGGAGGCCUUGCUGUGGGGAGAAGAGUUAAGUUUCCUCAGCGUGGGUACCCGGGGCAUAGUGUAAUGUUUUACUCAGUGUUGGUUAAGUGUGCUUCAUCUUCCCAGCUGAAACACAGUGUUGGUAUGACAACAGAAGGUGUGUACUACGGCACCUGCAUCUCCCUGAUCGCGUUCAACAUCGCUCUCUCAGUGAUCGUCCUCAACCUCAACGUAGUGGGUCUGAGAGGAUACCAUGUGCCUGUGUUCCUCAGGGUCGCGACCCUCUUCGUGGCCCGCGCCAUCCUCGUCAAGAUCCCAGCCGUCGUCAAGAAGGCUUGGGACGUCGAUGAGCAAAGCAAGAAAAUCACACCAGUGCAGAAGCUGAAGACAGCAAUGAACAAGGACGGUGACAAUAUGGUGAGAGUGUUUGUGGUCCAACCCCAGCAUGCCAAGUCUCCUAAACUAGAAGACAAGAAGGAAAGCAAGCAGUUCCCUGAGGAUGAGCUGGAUCCACAUGUGCUCACAGAUCCCUUCCAGCGGCGAGCCAUCGCAGCUUUGGAGUCCAUAAAUAAGAUUUUAUCUCAAGAAGCGGCUGACAGAGACCACGCCACGAAGAAGAACGACUUGGUGGAGGAGUGGAAGUUCAUCUCGCGUGUGAUGGACCGAACACUCUUCAUCAGCUUCACUCUCCUCACCUUCUUCUUCAACAUCAGUAUCCUCACCUCCUCUCCUUUCAGGGAGAGGUUCGACUACUGCCCUCUCGGCGACAAAGGGGAGUGUGAUAAGCUCACGUGGGAAGAAAUCAUUGAGAUCACCAGCCACGCUGCCACUGACACUCACUUCUCCGAGGGGGAUAUGUCACAUAACUGGGGAGGAGAGCAUGGCUCAUCCCACGUCCUUCACAAUGACUAUAUUGUAAACACCUUCCAGAUCCCAGAGGUGGCUUACGACGGUUUCGACGAUAUGCCGCCACACGACGCUGCCGCCCCCGUCUCCGCCACUCAUGGUAUGAUUGGCUCCUCAGUGAUAAAGAGAAUAGAUUCACCUGACCAGUAUGAUGAAGGCGACAGCCUAGAGGAAGAGAAUGACCUCAGCCUGACCCCCAAAAGCAAUCCCAGUACCUCUCCCAAGAAUCACCUCAGCCCCACCUCCAGGAGCGACCCCAGCACUACCUCCAGGAGUGACCCCAGCACUGCCUCUAGGAAUGACUCCAGCACUACCUCCAGAAGUGACUCCAGCACCAAUUCCGGGAAUGGCUCCAGCACUACCUCCAGCAGUGACCCCAGCACCAUCAAGAACAAGCGAAGCUCCAAUUCUAGUAGCCACCCUAACACCACCGUGAACCACCACAGCUCCAUUUCCAGGAACGAAUCCCCCACCACCACCAAGAACCGUCCUGGCGAGGUUUGAACCCCUGCCUACAACACACAUGUUUAAUACUCUGUGGAAAGCAGUACAUGGGAAAGGCGGCUAGAAAAUAGCAGAAGGCCUUGUAGUGUGUAUACAGUACACCGAGGCAACUAUCAAGCUACCUCUGCUUCUGUCUGGACUCGAGAUAGUUAAGACAAGAACCCUAUAGCUUCCUCGUCGCCAUCUACUUCCUCCAACUAUAUUACCAACUUGGAAGCAUAUCUCAGUAAGUAACGUGAAAAAGUGUUUAACAGGAAAGGUGGAAGAAGUAUUUGGAUAUCUACUAUUACUACAAUUACUUACAACUAAUACAAUUACUUGCUACUAACUACUAUUACUUACUACUACUAAUACUCUUAAUACUAUUACUGCUACUACUUUGCACCGGGUAACCCACGAUCAUCCGGUUGUCUUUCGUACUUAGUGAACUAACGUCAGGUUGUAAUAGCCACAGUAAGCUCAUCUAAUCAGCCCUUACAUUGUUAGUGGUUGAUUCCAAUACUGCAAAAUGUUUGUCCAGUCAGUUAAUUAUGAACUGAAUUUAUUUUGCACUUACAACUUCAGAAGACAGUCUGUUACAGUAUUCUGUAACUCUGGAAAACCUUCCUUCACAUUUAUGUUGCACUUCUAACCUUGGAGUUCAUCCCGUUGUUUCACCUCAUUGAAUCACUUUUGCACGUAAAUUUUUUUUGUGCUAGAGUAAGCUUUCUUUUUAUCUUAAAGGUUCUUAAGAGAUAUCAGAAUUUCAAUUUUCUAAGAGAGAGCAGGUUCAGUGCAUCGAGUUUUUCUUCACAUAGUUUACUUUUCAAUAAUUAAUAAAGUUAUGAGUUUC